CCAAGUUCACUGAGUUGGAACAUAACUUAUCGAAGAAACUAGAACGCAUUAGAAUAUUAUCCUUCGAAGUCGCUUGACCGUCAACUCGGUUCGUGUCGUUAUUACGAAGUAUCAUAUUUCUUCAUAUACAUAAUUUAAUUUAUUAAUUCUAUUGUUAACAUCGUCGAUCUGAUAAUUCGAUAAUACAAGAGAAUUAAUUAAAAGAAUUAGAAGACGCAAAGAGACCGAAAAAGGAUAUCUCGAAAAUGGAUAAAAGUUCAUCGAAGACCUUGAAGCAUAUUUUACGACCCUAUCAAAUUCUAAGUUACAUCCUUGGAAUACGUCUUUUAAAAUUUCCUUCUGGAUGGACAAGUAUCAAACUCAAUGUGAUUUAUUCCACACUUCUUUUCGUGUUCCAUAUCCUUAGUUGGAAAUAUAUAUCGCCUAAACAACGAAUGAUGGAAUUAAAUAACUCUCAAUUUUAUUUUAUGUUUUUCUUAAAUAAUCUCAUAAUUAUUAUUUCGAUUUUCAUAGGUUUACUUAAAGAUCAGGUAAAUCUUACGAUUGUUCAGUAUCAUUUUUUUUAAAAUAAGGUAUAACUAAUCAUGCUUGUGAAAUAAUUUAUAACAGUUAUGGGAAAAUUCAGUUAGAAGACUGGAAGAAAUUGAUAGAACUUUACAAGCACUUGGUUCAAAUUCACAAUUUCAUAAGAUUUAUGUCAGAACGAUAGUAGAAUUGAUAUUCUCUGCAAUUUUUUUCUUCUUUCUAAUUUGUUUUGAUGGAGUUUAUCUCACAAUUUCUAUGGAUUCCGAAAUUGUAACAACAAUUAUGCUCCUAUUGAUCGUUAUUAUACAUGUAUACGGUGAAAUCGUUUCAUCUACGGUAGCUAUGGAUUUUUUGACAAUGGUAAGGUGUGUUAAAUCGGAAGUUGAACGAGCGAGUGAUCUUCUAAGUGAUAUUAAUGUUCUACCAUCUACUUCUAUCGCAGUGGAAUUGAUUAAAUAUAAACGAACUAAAAAGUCGUGUACAAAAUUCAUUAAAGUUCUACCAUCGUCUCAAAGAAUAAAUUCACGUUUGAAUGUUAGCAAUCAGGAGAUAUUCAGAAGCAGACGAUUGCUCCAAACUAUUAGGCAGAUUCAUCUGGAACUAUACAAAGUGUCGAAAAAUCUCAAUGAUCUUUAUGGUAUUCAAGUGUUUAUAAUAAUCUGUUUGUACUUCUUUUACAACACGUGCUUUUUUUAUAGUACAUACAUUACCGUUAAAAAGUUUGAAAAUACUCAAGACAUUUUUCUUAAAGAAUUGGGUUCAAUCCCAUAUUUCUUCUUCAGUUCUAUAUGCAAAGUGAUCUUUAUUAAUUAUACUUGCGACGAGACAACGCAAAAGAUGGAGAAAAUCAAUGAAAUUAUUUACACUUUUUAUGCUGAAAAUACAGAUUACAUAAUACAAGAAGAGUUGAAAAUGUUUACUUUGCAAAUGGCACAUUGUCAAUCAACGUAUUCCACUUUUGGUUUAUAUUCAUUCAAUCGAAAGUAUAUAUACUCGUGCCUUGGAGUGAUGAUGACAUAUUUGACUAUUAUGAUACAAAUGUCUUAGCUGGUGUUAAAAAAGUGGAUAACAAAUUUAAACAUCAUAUAAAGGUUGGUCGCGUUUACAAGAAAAGGCUAGUCGUAUUAUCGAUUUUCACAGAGGCAUACUCAAAACACAGACCAUAUCUACUAAAGUGAUUAAUUUCUCAUUAAUCUUUAUACUCUGA